GGCUCUCAGUUAGGCAGUGUCCAAACCAAAUCCAUCAAUGGCGGAAGGCAACAUUCAGCUACAGCCAGGGAGAAGACCUGGAAGGAGACCAGGGGGAGGAACACCCCAACGCACCCUUCUUCCUCUUCGCCGUGUCUCUCACCUUUCCAACUCCAUAUCCUGCUGGUAUUGUGACUUCAAGUCGUCAGUCUUUAACGAACCUCUCUUCCAUUUCGGACGGAAAUAUUCCAGGUGGUUGAGAAUAUGGUUUUCUGUUGGAAUGGGUUUCAGCCUGACCACUUUGAUUGGAGUUACGGUGAUUAUCUUAUUGGAAUCAGCUAGGGCUUUGAAUCUGUAUGAUGGGAUCCCACAGCUUAACAGUAUUCAAAAUGGAUCUAUCUUGGAAUUCUACUCUCCGGUUUUGAAAUAUAGCAUAUCAAUCACUGAUGUUGGAUAUAUGUGUAUAUCUUCUAUCAUAUCUGUAUUGGUACAUGAACUUGGGCACGCCCUUGCUGCUACAAGCGAGGGCAUGCAAAUUGAGUACACUGCCGUGUUUUUGGCAGUUCUAUUUCCAGGUGCUCUGGUGGCUUUUAAUAAUGAGAUGCUGCAAAUGAUACCACGCGUAGCUACACUUAGAAUAUACUGUGCUGGAGUCUGGCAUAAUGCAGCAUUAUGUGUGGUUUGUGCAUUGACCUUGUUCUUGUUACCGCUGAUAUUAUAUCCACUUUACUCACAUGGUGAAAGCCUCAUGGUACUGGGUGUUUCUGCUAGAUCACCUUUGAAUGGGUACUUGUCUCCUGGUGACGUAGUUACUAUGUUGGAUGGCAAGCAUAUUCGUACUACUAACGAGUGGAAGGAGAUGGCUUAUUUAUUAGACAAGCAAGUACUUCAAACAACAAAACAAUAUGUCAGCAAUAAGGGGUAUUGUGUCCCAAAUUUGGUGAUUGCAAAGAGCAAGAAUGCUGAAAUCGUAGACAACCAAUUCAUAUGUCCAAAUGGGCUCACUUUAUUUACUACUAUUUCCUGUGCUGAAUCAAGUACAAUAAAUGACAGUAGCAGCAACGAAAUUGGUUAUCAACUGACAAGAGAGCAUAUAUACUGUUUCCCAGCUAAAGGAGUAUUAGGGGAGAAAAAAUGUGGUGAUGGAUGGGUUAAUAGUGUUAAAAAUGACGGCAACUGUUUGUGUACAGAGGAUGAAUCUUGCUCAACUCCAAUCCAUAUGCCAGGUCUAGCAUGGGCUGAAAUCACAUUUUCAAGACCUUACUCUCCUGAAUGUCAGCGAGUUGGAAAUAAGAUGCGCUCAAGUUAUAAUAAUUCUGGCUCCGGAGAAAAUAGCUGUAGUGGGACUUUCGUUUUCAUAGGUGACAUGAUGUCGAUGGCACGUUCCAUUUGGUUAACCGAAUAUCAAUCCCGUUGGUUGUAUGGUGUUGCAUAUAUUCCAGCUGUAGUGGAGAAGCUGUUGGUAAACACCUUUCAUGUCUCGUUGAUGCUAGUUCUUCUCAACAGCUUACCGGUGUACCAUCUUGAUGGGGAAUCCAUUCUAGAGGUGGCUCUUUGCUGCUUCGGUUCCUUGACCCCGACCAUACGAAAACUGGUUCUUCAAUCAUCUUUACUAGCAGGAACACUUAUUUCUUGUCUUUUCAUUUUCAGGAUCUUAUUGCUUGUUAUUUCAUAAGCAUCUUGUUAGCAGCGACUUGUUUUUUAUAGGUGAGCCUGGCACUUGUCCUACAUAUACGGCGUUUUCUUCUAUUAUUUCAAAGUUUUAUAGAAGACGCACAAAAGUAUGAAACAAGUAGAGUAUAUGUAAUUCGAUUCAUAGAUUGAUUUUGGAUAGAACCGGUUAAAAUAGGUUUGGUGUUUUAUUCC